CACGAGCUGAACGUGCACGUGCCGUGAUCUGGCGCCAUUAAUACGCAGACGCUUAUUUUGGAAUCGGUUUCAAGGCUACAUACAAAGCUACAGAGUUACAAGAAGUUCAUCUUCUUAAUGAAAUAAGCUUUCACACUGGAAGUUAGAUAAUUUUCGUUCAUAACCAUUCGAAAAUCCGUUGAUACACACCAGAUAAAUAUCAUCUACGAUACUGUUCACCUAGUUUUCUAUAGAUGACGCCACGGGCGCAAUGAACGAAUUUUUUUAGAAUGCAUUUUCGAUCGAAUAUUUAUAAUAAUGUUUUAGUAUCAUUUUUCUUCGUGUAAUUGUGACGAAUAAUUAAAGAGUGUCUUGAAUUUGUAUAUUCCGGUUAAGAACUUUAGAAUUAAUUGUAUACAGAAGGACGUCAUUAUCUACUUAUUAGUAAAAUAGUAAACAAAUAAACAAAUAAAAUGUUCUAUCGUUUUAAUGUCACGAAUAUUACUCGUGUUCCUUCCGAUUGAAACGUGUCGCAACCGAUGUGUUUCGAAAAUGAUUCCAACCCUUCUCUAGAGGGAUGAAACUCUUUCUCAAUCAAGGAGUAAUUCGUUGGCUUCCCGACUAAUAUAAAAGAUCACUCUAGCCGAAGCAUCGACAGUACAAUAUCCUUUCCCAAAGUCUCUAGUCAUCGUCCUGGCAGAUCGGAAUAUCGAACAAGAGAGUAGCAUGACAUCGAACUUCCUUCGCUUCGUCAUUUUAAUUGUCCUCUUGGAACUGAAGACCAUCCUCGCCGCGAGAACAGUGGAAUCGAACGAACUGAUGAACAACGCUCCGAGUUCGAUGAUUAUGACGCAUAAUUUCCCGACCGUGAUGAAAUCGAUGCAGGAGAGUUCGGAGGAUGUCGGAAAUCAGCUGUGCGAGAUAGAGUAUCAAGUCACAAGGAAGAGAAUAGGAAAAUGCGUGAAACUGAGCCACGGACUGAACGGCUGCAUUUCCGGGGAGUACAUGAACCCUUUUCAUCCAGAUUGCUUCUAAAUCGAUCAACAACGCGUUCCAAACUCUACGAUCAAUUAGAAAACACAUCCGACAGAAUCGUUAACACAUUUCUCAGCGCACAUUUUAUUCGAUUAAUCGAUAAUUUUAUUGUAAAACGUUUAAUCUCCGUGUCCGUAAAUUGAGGAUAUCUAAUAAACUUUUUUAAUAAACACAUAUUUCGUUGUUCGCCAUUCUGAAACGUUCUUGCAAUGAGUCUUUAAAGUGUCAGGACUUUAAAGAAUGAUUUCCCCUCGGAAGUUAAUCAAAGCUCCCACAAGUGGAUCGCUCGAUCCGAGAGACUCGCCGAGCCUCGAGAGACAGAUAGCCCAGGAUUUAAUACGUCGAUCCUCAUGAAGAAAA